AAACCACCUGCGAUGAGCGCAACGAAAUGGUAUACACUUACAACCAAGCCGUUAUCCUCAGCGGUCUGCGCGGACUAUGGGAAGCCACCAGCGACACGAAAUACCUCUCUGACGGCUACGAUCUCAUCGCCAUCGUCAUCAACGCCACAGGAUGGAACGCUGACUCUGCAUCUGCAGCUGCCGAAUGGGCUGGUCUGGGACGCAAUGGCAUAUUGGAGGACUACUGCGAUGCACCGGCCACGUGCGCGCAGGACAACUACGUUUUCAAAGGCGUGUACUUUCAACACUUGUCGCAGUUCUGUCGACCACUGCCGACGGAGACACCGCUAGUGGAAGAUCUCACGCACAUCGCACCGCCAGAGCUGGCGGACGCUCACGAUGCGAAAUGUCAAUCGUACGCUUCGUGGAUACAGCACAACGCUCACGCGGCGCUGAGUACGAG